GGUCUGGCAGGAAGGGCGUUCUGGGCUAUCUGGUCGGAAAAGGGAAACGCUUGGGUAGGACUGCUACUGCUGCGAGUGAGAUUGUACAGGGUCGGCUGGUUCAAAGCGGCAGAGCUCUGCGAGCAGGUAGCAAGAAUCCAGGUCCGACGCCAAUGUCACAGUACGACCCUUCAUCUUCGCCAGCAUGGGGCUCUAAUACCGGUCGGGAGCGGGGUGCUCGCCGUAAGAAGGUUUUCGACUACCUGAAAGCUGCUAAUGAGCUGCGUCAAACAUAUACUGCACAAUGGUCGGCGCAGAUCAACGGACAGCGCGACUACGAGAACUAUCAUGAUGCACCUGGGGCUUUUCCAGAUGUGGAGAUUGCGCGAUCCGAGUUCGAGGAGAUGGUCAUAUUUCCAAGCUAUGCGAGGCGGGUGGUCAAGGACGGUCGGUCUGACCCGUACAGUAGCCGCCGUCGAGGGUCGAAUGCAACCAUCGAGGAGUACCGAGACGAGUCCGACGGCUUUGGCUCUGCCAUGCCUGCGUGGGAUGAGCUGGAAGACGAGAAUGCAAUCGUCGCAGUCGAUGUGCGUGGCUGGGUAUACGCACCUCAUCGCGGGCCGAUGACGCGAAAGCAUCGUCUGAUGGUUGCUCUCGCUAGGAAGCUAAGCGGCGUGCCGGCGCCUGUGAAUAACUCGAGCGAUGAGUCCAAUGGAACCAAUCAAAGGAGUGAUAGAGACGAUGAGCUGGUCGAUACGGAGGCACAGUCGAUCAUCCGAAAGGCAGAAGGAGGGGCCGAUUCAGCAUGGAAAGACAGUGCAGAGAUGCCUCCUGGGCGCUCUCUUCAGAGGACAGCAACAUCAGGAUCCACCAACGUACCGCUGACCAAGGAUGAAAUAUCCGUUGCUAAUGCGCACCUUAUGGAGCGACUCCGUCCGUUUCUUACCAACCCAGCAACCAACAUUCCUGUCACCGUGUUCUUUUUCAACGAUGAAAAGAGCCAGUCGAGAAGCGUCAUGACCGACGAAUCCGGCCACUUUCAACUACGAGCCGGCCUGCCAUUUAUUCCGACUCACGUCCGCGUGCUGGCCUCGGAGGAUCUCUCAGCGGUGAAGGAGGUCAGGAUCAUCGAGCCCACUGGGGUCAGCUUGAUCAGUGAUAUCGACGAUACGGUGAAACAUUCCGCCAUUGCUAGCGGGGCCAAGGAGAUGUUUCGCAAUACAUUCGUGCGCGAAUUGAAUGAAUUGACGGUGGACGGUGUCACCGAGUGGUAUAAUAAGUUGGCCAAGAUGGGGGUCGAUCUACACUAUGUCUCCAAUGCCCCAUGGCAACUUUAUCCACUUCUGGAUCGCUACUUCAAGCUUGCUGGACUUCCUCCUGGCUCCUUUCACUUGAAGCAGUACAGCGGUAUGCUUCAGGGUAUAUUCGAGCCUACGGCCGAGAGGAAGAGGGGUUCUCUGGAGCAGAUCCUAAGAGACUUUCCCACCCGCAAGUUCAUUCUUGUGGGUGACAGUGGUGAGGCGGAUCUGGAGGUUUAUACUGACAUCGUUCUGGCGAAUCCCGGGCGGAUUCUCGGUAUCUUUAUUCGUGACGUUACUACGACAGACCGGAAGAAGUUCUUCGAGAAAUCUGUUGACCACUUGGAGCAUGAUCUGACACGGAGCCGUAGCACCUCUCGGCUAGUGGACGAUCCUAAUUCAAUGGACAAACGACCGGCAUUGCCACCUCGUCGGCCUCGUGAGACGGUCGGUCCGCCUGCAGAUACCGUGAGCCUAGACAAUGCCGACUUGAUCGAUCUCCGUGAUGAAGUGGAGCAAAAGAUACCUUUGGCUGAUAUGAGAAAGCCCUCUAUCGGGCGCUUGCCACCUGCGAAGCCCUCCAAACCGUCCUCUUUGCGCUCGGUGUCGACGAAUCCAGAUAUAGGGAGAGGCGAUCAGCCUUCAUUCCAGGAGACAGUCAAACGUAAGCCUGUGCCACCACUGCCGCCACGCCGUUCUUCAAUGAAACCAGAUACCUCGCCCGAAGGACUGAGUUCAAGUUCUAGCGAGAACAAUACAUCUGGGAGCAUGAAGCAAUUGCCUAUACGGCCUAAGCCUGGCAUGCAAGAAGCUAUGUCUACUUCGCAAGAUGUCAAUGAUACGAGGCCUCCGCGCUCGAAGCAACCACCACCACCCCCUCCGCCGCGUAGAGCUAACACGGUGGCCUCGACUGAGGACUUUGUUCCACACCAGGGGACGAACCGUCCAGAGCCCCAGAAACAAUCGUAUCCGGCAUCUGCGGCUACAGCGGCUGGAGCGGCAUUGCAGUAUGCCUCGGAACGUCUGAAUUGGUCAUCAACUCCGUCGAGCGUUCUCAGAUCAACCCAGUCGAACUCGUCGCUGAGUAGAUCGAACACCAGUGUGGAUAGCAAUUCGAAUCCAACGGCAGCUCCGCUACCCAAUAAACGGGAGGAGCUGUGGCGACGGCGCUGGGGACGGGCACAAGAUCUCCUGGAGAACCAAGGCGUGGUGCUUGGUAGCUGGCGCGUGGGCCAAGACGCACAGGAUGUUAGUGCCUGGUUGGUAGAGGAAGCCAUGAAGGAUAUAAGAAGGGGCUAGUUAGAUCUAUGCUUUGUGAUAAUGUAGGCAUAGUAGCCAUGUAUAUAUGAUCAUCACUGUAUUUAUGAAUCUAUACCUCGACGACUGAUGAACCAAUUGUGCUUGGUGCAGCAUGUGUAGCCGGGUGGGGUUGUCCCACGGUCGAAUCAACCAAACAGAGGAGAAAAAGAAAGGAGGGAGUGAUUGCAAUGAACUAAUUGAUGGCGGUGCAAAACCACACACACAAUUCUCUCAUAUUGAUUAAAUGUGGAUGGGAUGGACAUCCGAGAUGAAAGAUACACAAAAAGAUGGUCCCAGAGGGGCUCGAACCCUCGACUUUAACGUUAUUAGCGUUACGCUCUAACCAACUGAGCUAUGGGACC